AAGAUUUACAAACGCCACCACAACAAAACGCUGUCAGCUGUCAGUGCCGCGCUAAUCUGCUCACUCCCUCCCCUUUAGCUCCUUUAGCUGAUUCUGGGAGGACGGCACGCAUAUCCCUCACGUCACGGCCACGACAGGUGUGGGACACGUGUGGGGCGGCUGCUGGCGGGACAUGACUGGCUGACGUGAUGGAGGAGAUUGGAGACAUGAGAAUCAGGAGGAGGAGGAGGGAAGGAGAGGAGACCGAAAGCAGGUGGGAGGGGCAGGUGGAGGAGGAAGAAGAAGAGGCCUUGCUGGACCUGGAUGAGGUGAUAAAGGAAAGAAGAGAGAAGAUAAAGGAAAGACAACAGACAGAGGAUGAGGAUGAAGGAGAGGAAAGUGACAAGGAUGUGAAUAAUGAGAAAGCAAAGAAAGAACACAAGAAGAACAAGAAAGAAAAGGAAGAAGAAAAAGGUAAAGAAAGAUGUGAAGAUGAACAAAAAGAAGAUGAUAUAGAAGAGAAACCACUGAUGGAGAAGGAAGAGGAAGCACAGGAGGACAAGAAGAGUGAAGAGGAACAUGAAGGAAGAGCAGAGAGGCAGGAUGUAACUCUUCUUCCUGACUCUUACUGGUUAACAAGAAUUGUUUACCUGCGCUUCCUUGCCUUCAUAUAUGCUGUGGCCUUCCUGGUGGCGCUGCAUCAGAACAAACAGCUGAUUGGGAGACAAUGGACUUCUGCCAGUCAAGAAUUACAUGCAGCUUGUUGCCCAAAGGGUUGGCAAUGACUGGUGGGAGAGGAUCAAGGCUGCCCCAACGCUGCUGUGGCUGGCUGAACCCUGGACCACGGUUGACCCGUGGCUUGACCUUAUCGCCGGGACCGGGCUGACCCUGGCGUGUGUGGUGCUGCUGCUGGGGGCCGCCAAUGUGUUCAUCAUGCUUGCCCUAUGGAUCCUCUAUCACUCCCUCGUGGCUGUAGGCCAGCAGUGGUAUGGUUUUGGAUGGGAGUCACAGCUACUGGAGACAGGUCUGCUGGGGGUGUGGGGGGUGCCGCUGCUCUCCCUGCGCCCCCUCCCCACCAGCAGCCCGCCCCUUGUCAUGGUCUGGGGGCUGCGCUGGCUCAUCUUUCGCAUUAUGAUGGGGGCAGGGCUGAUCAAGGUGAGAGGGGACCCAUGCUGGAUGGAUCUCACCUGCAUGAACUACCACUACCAGACCCAGCCAGUGCCCAACCCCAUGUCAUAUUACCUGCACCAAUCCCCCGUGGCAGUCCACAAGCUGGAGACACUGGGCAACCACAUCAUUGAGCUGCUGCUGCCCUUCUUCACCUUCCUCCCACGGGCCUUCAUGAUCACCUGUGGCAUUGGGCAGAUCAUGUUCCAGGUGAUCCUCAUCAUCUCAGGUAACCUCAGCUUCCUCAACUGGCUGACCAUUGUGCCCAGCUUGGCGUACUUUGAUGACCGCUGGUAUGCCGGCCUCUUCUCCCAGGCCACUCGCCAGAGAGUGGCCCACCUGCAGCACCUCCAGCAUAGAGACUCACCCCUUGUUGAGCCCGGGAACACUCGCAAGGCUGUCAACGUGUCUGUAGGAAUCAUGCUGGCAUUCCUGAGUCUGCCAGUGGUGGUGAACCUCCUCUCGUCACGCCAGGCCAUGAACACCUCCUUUGAACCCUUCAGAAUUGUCAACACCUAUGGGGCUUUUGGCAGCAUCACCAAGCAGCGUACGGAGGUGGUGUUUGAGGGUACCCGCCACACCAACCCUGAGUCUCCUUCAGCGGUGUGGGAAGAGUAUGAGUUCAAGUGCAAGCCUGGCAGGGUAGACCGCACCCCCUGCCUCAUCUCUCCCUACCACUACCGGCUUGACUGGCUCAUGUGGUUUGCAGCUUUCCAGAGAUACAGUGAUAGCCCUUGGCUGGUCCACCUGGCGGGCAAGUUCUUGGUGAAUGACAAGUCAGCGUCGAGCCUUAUUGCUCACAACCCUUUCCUUGGCAAGGAGCCCCCAAGGUUUGUGCGAGCCCUCCACUACAACUACAGCUACACCUCACUGGGCAGCGGCAGCCAGGACUGGUACACGAGGGAGCUUAUUGGCACCUACUUACCUCCCUUGGACAUCUCCACACUGAGGCCCAUAUUCAAGAGGAUGGGCUGGGACACGCUUGUCAGGCCAGCCACCAGCACUUAGGCCAGGCUGACGUGGUGAGGUGGCUGUGAUAGAGUAGUGUUUGUUGACUUUCAGGGGGCUUUGGUAUUUUCUUUUCUGAUAUAGUCUCUCUCUCUCUCUCUCUCUCCAUGAACAAGAUCAAUAUAUUUUUUCUCCAUUUUCUUGUACAUCUGCUACAUUCCAAUAUUCUUAUUUGUUCAUUUGUUUUCUUAUAUCUACAUCUCCCACACCUUGCUAUUUGUUCAUUUUUUUUUAGUUUCCUUCAUGUAUACCAGUUGUUCCUACCUGUUUAUUUACCACUAUAUCAUAUUAAUUGUGCAGUUCCCUUUCUUUUUCCCAACUCUGCCUGAUUUCUUCCAAUAUAGUUUCCUGUCUUAAUUUCACCUGUUCUUGUUAAUCCAAAUACCUAAACAUAUUCUUUGUCUCUCAAUGAUGAUUCUUGUUUUCACUGCUCUGUGUCUCUGUCUGUCUGUCUGUGUGUUUGCCUAGAUGAUCCUCAGUUCUUCCCCACAGGUUGCAGUUUUGCACAAACUCCAUGAUCAGCCAUAGCAUUUUUUUGUUAAUUCAUAUUUCUCUUUACUUAUUUUUAGGGUAAUAUUUUUUGUCUAACCUCGUGUUACAUUUCUUAUUGUCAUAAAGCACAAAUGGAAACUAUUAAAACACAGCCAAAGGAGAUUUUGUUUGACAAAUUUACUUAGCCUCUGGUCAUUACCUUCUACUAACACAGGAUGCAAUAAAACUUGACAGUCUAGUUUAUCACAUUUUUUAUUAAAAGUCCCAUAUUAAUAAUCCCGACAGAUUUGCUGCUGCAGUAAACUCAAGGUAAAAAUAUAUACACAUACAUUCUUUUAUUUUUUGUUAUAAUAUUCUACACUUCCUAUGGUAAAUCAGUCAUAUAAAAAAUAUCAACUUUGAAUAAUUCGCGUAAGUGUUUGGCUGGAGAGGAGGGAAGGAGGGAGGGACUCGGCUCACUGACUGACUGACUGACUGACUGACUGGUGAAGUGACUCUUGGCAUUAGUAUGUGAAAACCCAAGACUUCCACACCUUUGAAAUAUUCAUCUUUAUUGGCCAAGGUAGUGUGUUAUGCAAGCCAAACUUUGUGACAUGCUUACUUUUUUCAUUCUUACUGCUUACACACACAUACACACACACACACACACACACACACACACACACACACACACACACACAC